AUGCCGUCUAGUUCAGGAGCACGAACGAGUACAGAGGCGAGCAGGGAGAGUGGCUUUGAGGACGACACCUCGAAAACAGAGCGGGCACUAUCAAUAGACCAGGAAACCGUGACGGCCGUAGCCGUGAACUCAACACCGACGACACCAACAGCGACAACCCCGACCACGCCCCUCAUCGUCACCAACAGACCGCUAUCACGGAGCACAGUGGGCGUAGAAGACUCUUCAUCGUCAUCAAAAGCGCGGACAUCAGCACGCAAGUCCAAAUCCAGAUCACCGACCAAUUCAACAAUUUUGGCGCAGACGACGCAUCGGCGGGACUCGCAGCAGGACACGAGAUCGAGAGGAGGAGGGGGAGGAGGGGGGCUGGCGUUUCGGGAUCCGUAUGAUCUAUCGAAGGAGGAGGAUGUGUUGGGGGGAGGAGGAGGAGGAGGAGGAGGCAGGAGAUCAUCGAAGCACCGGCGGGACCGCGACCAGCACGAGGACGACGACGACCUCGAAGCCGUAUUCAAGGAGACGCCGUACAAAAUGGCGGACCGGCUGUCGCCCUUCUGGAAAUCCAAGACCGGCAUCUUCGUCUUUAUCUUCAUCAUCCUCGUUCUCAUUGGCACCGUGGUCGGAGGCGCGGUCGGCGGGAAGAUGUCGCAACGGAAGACGGGUGACGAUGGGCCGGUGCAGACGAGUACGUUUGUGGAGACGGAGACGAGGACGGAGCGGAAGCGUAGCACGCUGGUGGGACCUGGUGGGGCUUUCUCGACGGUUAUUGUGACGGAGGUGGUCACCCAGACGGAGACGGUGGUGGUCACUUUGACGGAAGACACGACACCUAGUUCCACACCAGCGCCUUCACCCUCGGAUACAAUCGACGAAGAACAAGAUCCAGAUUCAGAACCGGAGCCAACGCCAGGGCCAGAGACGGAAUCCUAG